AUCGUUCCGUUGUUCUCGUGCGCCUUUGAAGGGUCACUCGGUCAUUUCAGUCAUCAUUCAGUACCUACUUUGAUUCGAUUGAAUCAAUUUAAAUCACGUCAAUUAUACUAAAGUCAAGUUAAUAAUUCAAUAUUAAACGAGUACAUUUUGAAAUGGAUAAGGACGAUGACGAAGCGGUUGGUUUGUUUCGUCCUAAUCAUUUCUUAGCGACUCCGAGUCGAGAGUUUGAGGGACGAGAACGAGAAAUGAAUUUUUUGCAAGUGCCUGAUAGAAAUAUGCGAGGGAGUAGUGUUUCUUCCAAUUUGUCGGAUAUGGAUGCGCCGAUUUAUUGCAGUGAUACUUUAACGACAAAAGUUCCGGAAUAUACAAGGUUGUCAUCGUUAAAAGGUUUCAAUGCCAAGUUGGUAUUCGCAAUAACAGCAGCCGCGUUAGGCUCCAGUUUCCAACACGGUUACAACACUGGAGUGCUAAACAACCCACAAAAAAUCAUCGAAGAAUGGAUAUCAACCACAAUCGCAAAUCGUACCGGGGAAAUGCCACCCCAGUCACAGAUUACAAUCAUCUGGUCGAUUGCAGUGAGCAUUUUCUGCAUUGGUGGAAUGAUUGGCGGUGUUUUAACCGGAUUUGUGGCUGAUACAUUCGGACGUAAAGGUGGCUUACUAGUAAAUAACGUUUUGGUAAUCAUCACGUCCAUUUUGGAAGGAGCCGCACGUUCGGCUGCGUCCUACGAAAUGAUUAUCCUCGGCAGAUUCAUCAUCGGUAUUAAUUCCGGCCUGAAUGCAGGUUUAGCACCUAUGUACUUAGCGGAAAUCUCACCUGUGAAUCUACGCGGUGCAGUCGGCACGGUCUACCAGCUUGUGAUCACAAUCAGCAUUCUGGUCGCACAAAUUCUCGGCUUGAAGGACGUUCUCGGAACGGAAACACAAUGGCCGACAUUGUUAGCACUCACGGUCGUUCCAGCAAUCUUCCAAUUGGUUACCUUACCAUUCUGUCCGGAAUCCCCAAAACACAUCCUAAUCGGCAAAGGAAAAGAAAUCGAAGCACAAAAUGCAUUGUUAUGGCUACGAGAUGGCGGUUCAGUCCAGGAGGAAAUGGACGAGAUGCGAUCCGAGUAUGAAGCGAUGAAACUCGUACCGAAAAUCACAAUGAAAGAACUGAUUUCAAACAGUGCACUGCGUAUUCCUCUGAUUAUUUGUUUAAUGUUGAUGAUUGCGCAGCAACUCAGCGGAAUUAAUGCUGUCAUGUUCUUCUCGACGAAGAUUUUCAUGAUGGCGGGUUUGACAGAAGACAGCGCAUCGUAUGCAACCAUGGGUAUGGGUUCAAUCAAUGUGCUCAUGACGAUUGUUUCGCUUGUAUUAGUUGAGAAAGCCGGCAGGAAAACUUUGCUUCUCGUUGGUUUCGCUGGAAUGACUGUUGUUACACUCUGUUUGACUUUUGCUAUGCUCUACGCGACAACUGCCAAGUGGAUAAGCUACUUGUGCAUUAUUCUUGUACUACUUUUCGUGAUUCUCUUCGCGACUGGACCUGGCAGCAUCCCAUGGUUUAUGGUUUCGGAGCUUUUUAAUCAAUCUGCACGUCCGGCGGCUACUAGUUUAGCUGUGGCGAUCAAUUGGACAGCGAAUUUCUUCGUCGGACUUGGAUUUUUACCCCUACAGGAAGCAUUGGGUCCGUGGGUUUUUAUCAUCUUCACGGUGAUUCUUGCAUUGAAUGUCGUGUUUAUCUACAAGAAAGUACCGGAAACAAAGAAUAAAACCAUCGAGGAGAUUUCCGCCAUGUUCCGUCAGCAAUCGUACGAGUAAACUAAGCGUUGCGCAUGUUUUAUACAAAAAUUUUAAAAUCCACACAAGUAAUUUAUCGCCUCUGAAGGCCUCGCUAGUCUUAUGUUAUUCGUAAGUAAUUGUACCCUGUGCCUGCCGUUUUAUAAAAGUUUAAUUAAAUGAUUGCAGUGGAAAUAAA